CCCGCUUCAGAUGCAACUCCAAAUACAUAAAGCCUCCAUGUUGCGAGGGGAGUGUAGGGCUAGCAGAUGAACUGUUUGCUUUAAAGUAUCGGCUAACUUUAACGCUCAGCAACCUGCGCUCGGUGCAUGUUUUAGCACGAGAGCAACCCUCCGACGGGCUUCCUCGUGUGUUCAACGUUGUUCCAGACGCGGCCUCACAUUGUGGACGAUUGGAGCCGCUCAGCUAACCCGCUAACCCAAAGCUACCAGCUAACUACUCCAACGUCGGGUGGUGUUUUUGUUGUUGUUGUUGUUGUUUUUUCUAGCCACACAUACUGUCGGUGUUGCUUUAACAAAAUACUUGUUUGCAGCGAUGAUAUUUUGCGGAGAGCCAUAAAUGACAGCCAUUCACUGGCCUCCAUUCACCACCGUGCUAGCUGGCUGGCUACCACCGCAGCCGCAACACUUCUCCUCGGACGGCUGCCUGGCUGCUUUGUGGGCUGGCUGCUCAUCCUCCUCUUAAACAGCUAGCUAGGAAACGGAGCGAGCGCGCUAGUACGAGUAACACUGUGGGAAACGGAUCAGGAAUAACCACCCGUCUAAAUGGACCACAUGUCCAUAAUAACCCAAGUUUCCAACCCGAAGGAUGAAGAGAUCCAGUCCUUUAACCAGGACAAAGCGUCCCAGUCGAACAGCAGCCUGAAGAAGCAGAGGAGCCGGAGCAUCUUCAGCACAUUCUUCUGCUGCUUCCGCAACUACAAUGUGGACCCGCCAGUCGCCAACACCAACACCAGCUCCCAGCCUCCACCUGUUGAGGAGAAUGGAUCGCCUCCCAAGUGUGACCAGGUCGAGGUCAUCCCUGUCCCUAGUCCACCAGCCAAAUACCUCCUACCAGAGAUACUUAUAUCUGACUAUGGCAAAAAGUGUGUGGUGAUUGACUUGGAUGAAACGCUCGUCCACAGCUCAUUCAAGCCCAUCAACAAUGCAGACUUUAUUGUUCCGGUGGAGAUCGAUGGUACCGUUCAUCAGGUGUAUGUGCUGAAACGACCCCAUGUGGAUGAGUUCCUCCAAAAGAUGGGAGAGCUUUUUGAAUGUGUCCUCUUUACAGCAAGUCUUGCCAAGUAUGCAGACCCUGUGGCAGACCUGCUGGACCAGUGGGGCGUGUUCCGAGAGCGACUCUUUAGAGAAUCCUGCGUUUUUCACAGAGGGAACUACGUCAAAGACCUCAGUCGGCUGGGACGAGAGCUCAGCAACGUUAUCAUCGUUGACAAUUCGCCCGCCUCUUACAUUUUCCACCCAGAAAAUGCUGUCCCCGUCCAAUCCUGGUUUGACGAUAUGAAUGACACAGAGCUCCUGGACCUGCUGCCUUUCUUUGAGGGACUCAGCAAAGAAGAAGAGGUUUACGGAGUCCUGCAGAAUCUGAGAGGCAGGUAGCAGGACAAACCACAGCGGCGUCGCCUGUGCUUUCCAUCCUCCCCUCUGUCGAUCUCGGUCCUUUUCUACAACCACACCUCUCAGACUAAGGCAGAUCCUCCCACACGGGCCCCUCUUGUCUCUGCCCCAAGGGGACGCCUCGGGGUCUUACUGUGGAAACCUUCAUGUAACCCCGUCUCCACUCUCAUCACCUGGUGACUGGCUGCCUUCCGAGUGCCAUCAGAGAAAAACACUAAAAUAUCCCAGGAGCACUGUGUUUCACAAAAAACCACACCAGAAAAUGUACAGAGCGUUCUAAGUUGAUAAUAGUGGGGACUAAAUGCUAAGAGAAAUGAACUCUGGUCUUCAUUUUUAAACCAACAAAGUUUUACUAUUUGGUGAAGUGCUUAUUUUAAAACCAAAAAAAAAAAAAAAAACACCCAACAAAAACGUUUUGUCUGAAAAUUUCUUUUGUGGUACCACACAAAAGUCUGAGAAGAUUUUGUCCUCGUAUUGUUGCUAUGCAGGCAGUUUUUGGUAGAAGAAAGGACUGUGAUUCUCUUUUCUUACUGAAUGAAGUGCCUUGUGUGAAUGUUGUUUAUAUGGGGAGAUAUUUUGUACAUGGCAUAUUUCCAGAAUACUUUGGGCUUUUCACACACAAUAUGCUUUAAAGUGGACACAGAAGUAUCUUCAUAUAAAAGUUUUACUUUUGUUUUUUUGAUUUAUCAAAUGCUGGGUAAAUGUCUCCAUAGUAUUCUCUCUUUUUUUUUUUUUUUUUUUUCCCUGGCAUGCUUGUGCCAUUAUAUAGACGUGACUUUGUUUCUUUCUGCUUUCAUUAUAUGUAGAAAUAGUUCACUUAUUUUAGGCAAAGGAGUACGUUUGCAAUUGUGAACUUUUUGCCCCACCUGCAAGUAUGGUCGUUCUUUGUGUUUUAAUCUGAAAGAACAGAUGAAAUUGUGCCAUUUAUUUUCUAUUUUAUUUUACUUUCUCACAUUACCCCCCCCAUAUCUAAUUUUCUUAUUUGCCAAAUAAGCAAAUUAUUUUUUAACAGGCUUCAUAUCUUUAACAGGUUCAGCUAUAACUGUUAAACCAUUAGUAGUAGGUAAAGCAUUAUAGGAUUUAUUCUUUUUGACAAACUGUUGUCAAAUACAUUUGUAUGUUUUUAAUGUCACGAGGUCCUUGUUUGUCAUGUUGUGCUUAUCAUAUGGCUAGCUGUUAGCCCACAUCAUCUUCUUGUAUAUUUUUUUUUUGGGGGGGGCACACAUAAGUGGUGCUGCUUCACCCUUAGGGGAUGAUCCUUCUCCAUAAUUGUACACAGUUGCAAAGGUAUCCCUUUUGUCAUUUCAAAUGGUCUUGGAACUUGGGUCGAGUGCCAUGUUUGAAUUUUUUCACGAGGUUUGCCUCUUUAGGGAAUAUAGGAUAGUGUUGGUUUGAGUCUGGACAGUGUUAAAAUAGCACCAUUCUCUCUUGAUUUACAAACGGCGAUGGCCCGGUCUCGACCAGUGGAGACGAUGUGCGGCGUUUACCUUCCCAGACUCUUUUUAACUGCUCUUCACCUCAGUGCCUACGUUUGAGAGGAACCACGCAAACCAAAUGCUGCAACAUUAGCUACCAUGGCAAUAAUCUUUUUGUUUUUUGUUUUUUUUUGGAAGGGGUGGGAGUUCAAUCCCAAGUGUUUGGUUUGGGUCUUUAGAGCACUUGACAGGGCUAGCCGGUAGAGGUUUUGUUGACACUAAAGGCCGGCCUGGUUAUCACUAUGACUUUCAGUGUUCAUAAUUGAACCUUAAAAUGUUUAUUUCUCACAUUAUUUGAUCCAAAAAAACGGGACAUACAAGUAUAAGUUAAUCCUUCUGUCAUUUCAGAAUAAAAAUGUAAUUGCUAGAUUUCUUUUCGGAACGAAGAUACUAAAAACGACUUGAAUGUGGCUUGGCCUAUUUCAACAAGAGCCAAAUGACCUUGUUGGUGAUCUACAUUGCCAUAAAUGAUUAGCUUUUGUUGUGCAAGAAAGUAAAAAUAAAAAGAGAACGCCUUCCAUACCCACAGAUGGGUGCUCAGUCCUGGCUCAUCCAGACGGCCUCCAAAUGUUAGGAGCCUGCUCUAAACGUAACACUACCGGGGCACCGCAACAGGACUGUGAGGAACCUCAUCAUAGCAUUGAAGCCUUACUGCCUGUGGAGGCACAAAGCAAUGUUUCUCCAUUAAUUCCAAGGUUACAUCUACACGUUUUAGCAUCGUCUCAUUAGUACUUUCUUAUGGGGUUUGAAAUCAACUCGGCCGUAUAUGUAGACCAUGUAUGGCCGGCUGAAUUAUCAUUGUGAAACAAUAAAACAAAGCGAUAAAGCAUGGAAAAAAACUUUGUGGUGCCAUCAAGGGAUUGUACGCUCUGAAAAACCUCAUAUGCUUUAUUACUAGGUUAAUGGGGUUGCGAUGUUUCGUUAAAAAGACCUACACUACUUAAUAAUUCCCAGCAUUUGUUUUUGUCAAGUUGAAAGGCUGCAGCUCCUACAGGCGUAUUGAAAUAUUUUCUUGAUUUUACAUUAGCAUUUGUGUUUGUGGUGAGCUCAUGAUGAUGGUUUCAGUGCAAUCUCCUUUUUUAUAAGAAGUGUUUGGGCGACUCUUCUCAACCUCUCGAUGAUCUGAAAAUGUUGUUUGUAUCAUUGUGAUAUUUUUCUACCUACCUUUGUCAGUAUUUGGUUUGAAAAGUUGCAUAUUACCAGUUGUAUCCUUGCUUGUUCUCCCCUCCGCUUCCUUUCAGAUCUGUAAUGUCCCCGUCUUGCCUUUGGUAAGAAUUCUCAGUCAGGUCUCGUCUUUCCUAUCAGGGGACACGUGUGUGUGUAUGUGUGUGUGUGUGUGUGUGUAUGUGUGCGUGCGUGCAUGCGUGCACAGGCAUCUUGUUUGUGCUUCCUUACAGUUUUUCUUUUAGUGUAUCACCUCACUCAUAAUCACACACAUCAUUUUGUAUUGAUUUAACACCAUAGUUCUACAACACUUGAGUUCAAGUCACUGUGGGUUUUCUUUUUGGUGAGGUCAUUCACUUUCUAUUUUCUUUAAAAAAAAAAAAUUGUCAGUUAUGGUUGGCUUACUUUGAGUGUCGACAGCUUGUUGUCAUCCUGAGCUUUUCACUUUUCUUUCUUUCCAUAAUAAAAAGACUUCAUUGAAACAAUUUUGUCAUGUCUACAUUUUUUUUUUUAUUCAAAUGUAUGACAAGUUACAUGAACCAAGGCCAAAGAUCAUCACUUUAAACUGGUGUGAUUGAGGUUUCCACUGUCUGUACCUGAUAUGGUCUUAUAACUCAAAAGGUCAUGAUAAUAUCACUGUGUUCUUUUAUAAUAAGCUCACUGUAAAAUAUACUUUAAACAUUAAUUUUCUUCCAGUCAUGUCACAA